UCUCUUUGUUGUUCUUUUCUUCUGUUUCUUUUUCCUCUCCCGCACGGUGUGGUUUUUCAUGGAGUCAAUUGCAGCAGCCGUAGCCACAGUCUCUCUAGAAGAAGACGAUUGGGAGCUUUGCAACGACGAUGGAUUCGUCUACAAGCGGAAGAGACGCCGACUCCACCCCGCGGAAGCCGUCGCAGCUCGCUCAUCGGCGGCUCAGGCCGUGGACCUUGAGGCGGACGAGAAUCGGCGGCGAGAGCGCAGGAGGAAGACGUUGUUGAAGGUUAGAGCGAAGUACCAGAGAGAGAUUGAGCAGUGGGAGGUUUUGUCGGGAAACUUGCGGGAGAUGGAGGAGAGGGCUCGGAAGCUUCAGGAACAGUACCGACAGCAUGGGGAACAAGGAGCGGCGUCGCUACUUGAGGCUUCAUCGUUGACUGCUAUUCGAGAGAAGGAGCUUUCUUAUGCGUCAAUGGUGGACGAUCUUCUCUCUCAGGUGGAAGCUCAGGACGCCCUCAUUAGCAACGUUUCAAAGUUUUGUGAUAUAGCUGAAGCAUUGUGCCAGACAGAAGAAGACCAGUUGAAGCAGCGUCUAAUCGAUCUUCCCAUUUGGGGUUCACCCCGUGAGCUGAUGGCCUCAUUGUGCGAUGAGUAAUGAUACUGGCAAUGAAGAGAAACAGGAACUGAGGACCUUCCAUUUGUAAGAUCUUACUAUGUAAAAACUAAUGUGAAUCUUAUGAAAUCACCAAAAUAGCUUACUCGUGGAGAUCACAUUCUUUGUUACAAUAGAUGGUGAACUCUUAUGAACUCUUCCUCAUCAUGCUCGAUGACUUAGUUCACUGUUGAUAUUGCAAGGAAUUUAGUCGAUGAAAAUAUUGGCAUGUUGUGAAUAUUUUA